CGACGCUCCGACGUUGCAAACCCAACGCGGGGUUCGCAGCGCCCGCGCCGAGCCCCGCCGGGAUGCCCUGCGGCCAGCGGGACGGACGGACGGACAGAAACCCGGGUCCACGACGCCUCGCAGCCGCUUUGCCUGGAGCUUCGGGGCCGGCUUGCGCGGCUUUGCCCCGGCGGACCCCGUUUAAAAGCCGCGAAGCGGAGGCGGCACCGCGGGCCGAGCGCGCCGGCUGCCCGGCGGGAGCGCUGCCGGCGUGCCGGGGGCCGCGUUUCCUUCCCGGAAAGCGGGAAGCGCCUAAAAAUAGCCGGCAGGUCUCCGCUCGGGAUAAAUGCCCCUUGGCUUAGGGUGGUGUGAGCGAAGCGGGGCCGCGCCGGGGAAGCGCGCGCGCCUGCGGAGAUGCCCGCGCGCAUAAGGCCGCCGUUGUGCGGCGGGAGCUGCGGCCCCGCGGAGGGGGCCCUGUAAGCCGAUCCGCGCCGGCGGUUUGCUGCGAGCAAAAUCACCGUGGGGGGGGGGGGGAGAAAACCCACCGCCGCCACCGCCCCGCGGCGAGCGCGCGCGCGGGGCCUCGAGACCGCGGCCGGAGGAGCGAGCGCGCGGCUGACGCCUGCUCGCGGAGGCUUUUGUUCCUGUUUCCAGUGAUGCUCUUAGACAGAAGCGCUCGCUGCAGGAAACAAACAGAGAGAGAGAGAGAGAAAAAAAAAAAAAGGAAGCCCAGGAGUCUCAUCUUACGCGUUUCCGUACGACCCGUCGCGCCGCGGGUCGGGCAGAGCGGGCGCUUGCGGCGCACCGCUCCGUAACUUUGCAAAAAAUCCCCCACGCGGGGAUUUCUUUUCUUUUCCCUUUUUUUUUCCCCUGCCCCUUCCCCUUCUCCCUGCCACAACGCGAGGAGUUUUGGCCACCCCCUGGCCACACGCGAUUUGCAGGGACCAAUGUUUGGAAAGCAGCAACCCCCCCCCCCCGGCUCUGCAGAGAGGCAUCCUCGAGUGGGAGCGAGGAUGCAAAAGCCUGGCAAAGCUUUUCCCGUUCGCCUGACGCUCCUCCGGGACGCAAGCACGGGCCACGGGAGAUGGCGAGCAGCCCGCUUCCCGGGAAAAGAGUAAAGGGAAGGUGCUGACGAAGGGUAGGCUGAGGCGGCGCGUGCUUUCAGCUUUGCAGGCAGAGGCUCGGGAAAAAGAAGCCGGCUUGCAAAUCAGGGGGUCGGGGAGGGCUGUGAGCUGAGGUCCCUUCGCAGCAACGGCAAGCGAAAUGCAUCACUUCUCACCUGUUUUCUCUCUCUCUCUCUCUCUCUCUUUUUUAAAAAAAUAUUUUUAAUAUUUUUUUUCCUUCUUUUUUCUUCCCCAAUAAAACCAACCGUUUCCUUUGCCUGGGAACAAAACAAGUCCCGUUCCCACAGCGCCCGUGGGGGUUUGACGUGGACGGUCUUCACCGGGCCGGAAAGGCGUGGAAAUUCCCGGCUUGCUGCGUAUUUCAGUGCAAAACUCCCGGGUGCCGGCGAGGACCGAACGCGUGACCCGUUUUCCGGCUGCCUGCUUUGGGUUCAUCCCUGGCUGUUUCAGCAAGCCAAAAACCGUGCUGCAGGCCCCCCUCCCCCCCCAAAAAAAAAGAGAAAAGAAAAAAAAACGAGAGAAAGAGAAAAGCCAAGUUCAUCCGGAGAGCCUCGCGGGCACGGGCGCGUUUUUCUGCUCGCGGUGGAUCCCGGGCUGGUGACGGGGAUGGGAAGGGCGCGAGCGCGGGGGCGGGCAGCGAGUCGCCCGUCGGGGGCAUUUUGGAGAGUGCAAAUAGCGAUUUGAAGAGAGCGGGGGCCUGUUCAAUUCCCCUCCUUUCUUCCUGGCUGAAGUCACGUCCUUCCGCGCUUCCGCAACGCCGCCUUUCCGGGAGCCGGCGCGGGAACCGGCCGCUCCCGCUCCUGCUCCCGCUCCCGCGGGAGGCGAGCUUCGGCACGGCUGCUCGGCGCCUUUCCAGAGCAGCCGAGAAACCCGGGCAGCGAGUUUGCGCCGUGCUAAUUUCGGAAGCGCAGAGCUACCCCGUCGUUUCGGAAGGGUGUAAUUUGGGGUUCGGGCAGGCGCUGCCGAGUCCCGGGGAAAGGACGUGUCGCGUUGGCGCAGCGAGGGAGAGGAUGUUUCUCUGCCCUGGGAGGAAAGGGGAAGCAGAAGCGGAUUGCCCCGGAGCCUGCCAGGACGUAUAUUUGUGUGUGUUAUCGCAAAGCCGAAGCGUUGCGACUCCCUGAGGUAUCCGCUGCCAAAAGCCGUAUGGAAAAGGUCACCCGGAGAGUCAAAAGUUUGGCGUCUGGAGGUUCCUGUUUUUCAAGACGCGCAGAGCCAGGCUAAGCGCAGAGGGAGGUCUGUGCGGCCCAGACCUUGUUAUUAUUUUUUCUUUCCAGAAAAGCGAUGCUGCGCAUCACGGUUUGGACCAGCCAGUGCCGACCGGCCUCUUGCUUUGGCACCUUUGCGUUUUAUAGCGGUCAAACCUCAGCUCAGCGUUUCUGCCCUCUCCGCCUUGUUCUUCCGCGCCGCUCCGGCGCCGCCCGCGAAGCUGCCCGGGGUUAUGGGUACAACCGCCAGCACGGCCCAGCAGACGGUCUCGGCGGCCGCCUUCGAGGCCGUGCGCGGCGCCGGCGCCAUGGAGGACCAGCGCUCCCUGAGCCUCCACUCCUUCCCGGCCGCCGGGCUCCACAACAGCAAGGCCAAGUCCAUCAUCACCAACAAAGUGGCGCCCGUGGUCAUCACGUACAACUGCAGGGAGGAGUUUCAGAUUCACGACGACCUGCUGAAGGCCAACUACGCGGUGGGGCGCAUCUCGGAGGCCACGCCGGAACACUACCUCGUGCAGCUGCGGCGCUCCGAAUUUCCGGCAAGCCAAAGGCGGAUACGCGGUGUUCGGCAUGGGGCAGCCCAGCCUCAACGGGUUCAAGCAGGUGCUGCAGAAGCUGCAGAAGGAGGGCCACAAGGUCGGUGCGCGAGGAGUGCGUCUUCUUCUGCGUCCGCGAGGAGCCCGUGGUCUUCCUGCGCGCGGAGAGCGACUUCGUGCCCUACACGCCGCGCGGCAAGGAGAACUUGCACGAAAACCUGCACAGCCUGCAGCGGGGGGUCAAGGCGGAAAAGCUGGAGCUCGCCAUCCGGAAAGAGCUCCACGACUUCGCGCAGCUGAGCGAGAGCACGUACUACGUCUACGACGACAUCGAGCGCUUCAAGGACGAGCCGCACGCCGUGAGGAUCCAGUGCGAGGAGGACAUCCACGUGACGGAGGAGGUCUACAGGAGGCCCAUCUUCCUGCAGCCGUCCUACAGGUACCAUCGGCUGCCCUUGCCUGUGGACGGGGCUCCUGCCGAGGCCCAGUUUGAUGCCUUCAUCCAUUUCCUCAGGGAGAGCCCAAACCUGCUGGUGCUGCACGACGCCGCCGGCAGACCCCCGCCGGCUCUGCUCUUCAGCUGCCAGACCGGCGUCGGCAGGACCAACCUGGCCAUGGCCCUGGGCACGCUCGUCCUCCUCCACCACAAGGGAGCAACGCAGAAAGCGGACCUCCCCCAUCCAGCUAAGACGUCUCCGAGGGAGAGGUUUCGGGUUAUUCAAAACUUCAUUGAGAUGGUACCGAAAGGCCAGCAGAUAGUAGAGGAGGUGGACAGCGCUAUUGCCUUCUGCUCGGAGAUGCACGACAUGAAGGAAGCUAUCUACGAAAACAAGAAGAAGCUGGAAGGGAUCGGAGAAGACUACCAGAUCCAGGGGAACAGCACCAAAGAGUAUUUUCUCCAAAGGACUUUGCAGAGCCUUGAACGCUACUUCUACUUGAUCGCUUUCAACUACUACCUUCACGAGCAGUACCCCCUGGGCUUUGCCCUCAGCUUCAGCAGGUGGAUGUGCCGGCACCCUGAGCUCUACCGGCUGCAGGCCAACAUGAACGUCUCGGAGCUCACCGUGACGGCGGAGCUCAUAACCAAGGGGACGCGAGUGCUGGUGGCGGACGAGCGCUUUUCCCCGGAUGUGCUGAGCACCGUCAAGGAGAUGAGCGUGGCCAACUUCCGGCGGGUGCCCAAGAUGUCCGUUUACGGGACGGCGCAGCCCAGCUCCAAGACUGUCGGGAGCGUCCUGCAGUACUUGACCGAUGCCAAGAGGAAGCAUUCCCACAUCUUGUGGAUAAACCUCCGGGAAGAAGUAGUCCUGGAAGGGAACGAACAAAUCUACACCCUCAGGGAACCUGGGAACCUUGAACAACUGAUCACAGUGCCUGUAUCCUCGCCUGAGCAGCUAGAGAAACUAGAGUCUACCUUGAAGAAUGACCUGCUGAAAUCCCAGAAGUGGCUGGAAGUUUACCUAGAAACAGAGAAGCAGAUGAAGAUGUUCAAGAGCUGCUUGACCAUGCAGGAGAUCUUUAAUCAGCAGAAGAACGCGUGCCAGGGACUGAUGUACCGACGGAUCCCGAUCCCUGACUUCUGCGCUCCCAAGGAGCAGGACUUCGACCGGCUGCUGGAGGCGAUGAAGAGCACCUUGGCCGAGGACUCCCGGGCAGCCUUCGUGUUCAACUGCCACAGCGGCAGAGGGAGGACCACCACCGCCAUGGUCAUUGCUGUCCUCACGCUGUGGCAUUUCAAUGGCAUCCCCGAGGUGAGCGAGGACGAGAUCGUGAGCGUGCCCGACGCCAAGUACACCAAAGGCGAGUUCGAGGUGGUGAUGAGAGUGGUCCAGCUCCUGCCCGACGGCCACCGGAUGAAGAAGGAGGUGGACAUGGCCCUGGACACUGUGAGCGAGACCAUGACGCCCAUGCACUACCACCUCCGAGAAAUCAUCAUCUGCACCUACCGGCAGGGGAAAACGAGCAAGGAAGAGAGGGAGAAGCAGACGUUGCAGCUGAGGAGUCUGCAGUACCUGGAGCGGUACAUCUACCUGAUCCUAUUCAACGCCUACCUGCACCUCGAGAAGAAGGACUCCUGGCAGCGGCCGUUCAGCGUCUGGAUGCGCGAGGUGGCGGCCGGGGCCGGCGUCUACGAGGUGCUGAACCAGCUGGGAUUCGGCGAGCUGGAGAGCGUGGAGGGCCAGGCGCUGGGUGAGCUCCGGCGCCGCUGGCGGGAGCAGAGCGCCGGCUCGCGCCCUUUCCGAGGAGAUUUCGUGUAGGAGCCGGGGCCGCGGAGCCCGCCGGGCUGGGGAGGGGGGAGGUUUGGCCUCGAGGAAGGACUUUGCUUCCGGAAAGCACGGGGAGGGGAAGGGGAGAACCCGUAAGCUGCCUUUAAACACCCGACUCCGUGGGGUUCUUUUAGACGCAAUAAAAGAAUUGUAAAUUAAAAAGAAACGCUCUCAGGCAAGUGUUUAACUGCGAGCGCUGCGUCACUUGGAAAGCAUCUCUGCGACGCAAACGCACCAUCUUCUGCGUUGCCUGAUCGCACUGGCGCUACGUGCCAAACCUCUCAGGCCUCUCGCUCUCGUACUACCUCGCCGGUGCGGUGUUUAAGACAGGGAGCUAACGAGAAAAGGACGCGAGCACGGCGCAGGGCUGCGGG